GCCAAGUGUUGUUGAAAUAGCUGCAAAAGGUUACAAACUCCUGAGACAUUUGUCUGAGGUGGUGGGUAGAUUAAAUGCGACAUUCUCUAAAGAAUAUUUCUGAUUUUGGAAAAUUCGAGACAUUUACCUCCAACAAGUAUUAAUUAACCCAUUAUUAUAGACUUUUUGAGCUACCGUGAAGAUGAAAUGGAAGUUACAGAUCUUAUUGAUCCCUAGUAAUUAUGCAUUGUUUCCUACAGAAACAAUUAGUCCUGAAUUUUUUAAAAAAUUCAUUCAUUUAGUAAGUAGUGAUAAGUCGCUAGAAGAAAAUUAUGAUUCUAUAAAAGCAAGAUAUUCUAAAUUAUAUCCCGAUGAAAGUCCAUUAAUAGUUGAAGGUUAUCAAGAUAAACAAACAUAUGAUCUCGAUCCUGAUUUUUUAGUUGAAGAAGUAUUUGAAAAUGGUGAUACUUUAAGAAUUAUUGUGAAAAAUGCCUUUUCAAAUUCAAGAUUAAGUGAAACUCCUCCUCCUAUAUCUUUAACUACCAGUCCAGAUAAUGGAUCACCUGAUGAUAGUAAUAUAUCCUUACCACCUCCUACUAGUAUUAAUGAUACAGAUCAUAUAAUUCCUAAGAAACGAAAAGCUAAGAGUGUUAAUAAUAAAUUACUUGGUAAGAAAAGAAUAACUUCAGGUAUGUUAAAUUCUCCACCUCAAUUGGAUGAUUUAAGUGAACCUGAAAUUGAUUCUGAAAUUGAAAAUGGGAAACAUGAUGAUGCUUAUAUAGAUGAUGAAGAUCCUACUACUUCGACUCCUAAAAAGAAAUCAAAAUCAAAACCUAGUAUUUCAAAAAAGGAUGUACUUAAUUUAAUUAAUAGUAAAAAUAAAUCUGAUAAACGCGUUGAUAAGGAGAAAUCUCGGAUGAGUGAAUCUAAAAGACUUUCUCUUAUGAAAAGUCUUUCAAUUGAAAUGAAUUCUGAUCCUCAUACUACUGAAAAUGUUAAUCGAGGAACACGAGCAGCUAAGCAAGCAGCUCUGAUAGCUAUAUUAGAUGAAAUAACUCCCAAAUCUUCAACUAAAUCGAAAUCUGUAACAAGUUCCAGUACAUCAUUGGUAAAACCUUCUUCAAAAGGUUCAAAGACUGCAAAAAAUUCCAAAACUUCUGGUACUUCUAAAGCUGCAAAAGAGAAAAAAUCAUCACUUGGUUUGAAAGAUUCCACCCCUAUUUUAAUCAGUAAUGAUGAUACAUCAUCACCUAGUCCUGGGGGUAGUAAAUCAGAAACUAAUUCUAUAAUAGCUAAUAAAUCACAUCUUCAAUCUGAACCUAUAGAAAUUGCUAGUGAUGUGGAAUAUGAUCCAGAACUGAAAUUAGGUUCAUUUUAUGUUAAAAUAAAGAAUUUUGAACGUCAUCUAGAUGAAAAUAUUGAUCCAAAAACACAUUUACCAAAGAAAAUGGAUCCAUUACCUUAUACCGGUAGUAAACUUGAAUCUGAAAUUUUAGAUCCAAGAGUUGAAUUAGUACUUCAUAGGCCAAAGCCAAAAUUAGAAUCUCUAUUAGAGAAACAAAAAAAAGUCGAGAGGGAAGAGCUCCAAGAAAAGUCCGUUAUUUCUAUAAAUAUUAAUGAAGAAUUAAGUGGUAGUGAUGUUUCUUCCCCAUCUCCUGCUAUAUCUAAACCAAUUUCUACAUCUAUAACUACAAUAACAAAUGAGAAUAAUGAAAAACAACAUCCUUCCGAAUCUCAUGAUGGAUCAAAUGGUGCAAAUAUUGAGGUUGAAGGACCAGAAACUUUACAAUUGGUUGUUUCAGAUUCUGGUUCAGAUAAAGGUGGUGAAGGAUUUAGAUCACCAAUUCCUCAUGAAGAUACUCAUGAAGUUGAAGUAUCACCAGUUUCAAGUAUUUCCUCUAGAACUGAUGGUUCAUUAACUGCCCCUUCAACCGCUUCUUCGGUUGAACAAUUUGUUGAAACUUCAAAAGAAUCUUCAGAAUCUUCAACUAAUUUUAAUCCUUCAUUUGGUCUGAAUAUUACUCUGACUUUUGGUCAACCAACUAGUGUAAGUUUUGAUAAUCCAAAUCCAUCUAGUGUAAAUUUUAAUCAAGGAUCAUCAAAAACUCUGUUGGGUGAACCUGCCAAGUUAAUUAAUGAUUAUACUAAAAAAGAUAGUAUUGGAAUAAGUUCUAAGAUUUCCAAUGCGAGUUCUACGCAAACGAAUAGCAUAUUUAAAGAGAAUAGGACAUCUGGGUCAACCCCUUCCUUUAAGACCACCCUAGUUAAAAGUAUUUUUGGAGGUUCUGCAAGAGGUAGUAGCUUAUUCAAGAAAUCUUCAUCUGCAUCAAUGAAGAAUGAACAUUUCCGAAUUAGAGAACGAGCUCUAGCACGUCAACAUGUUAGUCCUGCAAAAUUAAUGAAUAAUUCUCGUUCAUUUUCUUCAUCUGAAGCAUCUAGUGAAGAUGAUAAUUCAGAAUUAGAUGGCGAUAGAGAUAGAGAUAGAGAUAGUAGAAAAUCUAGAUUAGUGGCUGCAUUCCCGCUUAGAAGUGAUCUGAAAAAGCAUAAAUCUGUUACCUUUUCAGAAGAAACCACUUCUAUACCUGAAGAUAUUUUAGGGUAUCAUGAAACUAAAGAUGAUGGAAUUGAUUCAGAUCCAAAUGCAUAUGCAUACACAAAUAAUAAUAGUAAUGGUAAUGGUAAUGGUAAUGGUAAUAGUAAUAGUAAUAGUAAUGGUAAUAGUAAUAGUAGUAAUAAUAGUAAUAGUAAUGGUGAUGGGAAAACUAAUACUAAUUCUCGUGCAGGUGGUUCAAUUGAUAGGGUUAUAGCACCAGAUGCUCCUAAAUUAAGUUUUGCUAAAUUUAUGGAAAGUCGAAAGUCGGAAUUGGCUUCGGAAUCAAAAUCUGAUGAACAAAAGGUUGGAGAAUCCAUUAAAAAACCGGUAUUAUCAUCAUUAGAUGAUAUUGAUUCUAUAGCUGAUGUUAAGGAUAAGGAAAGUCCUUCUCCUAUUCCUAACAAUACCAUUUCUAAUUUUCUUACUCGUAGUUUUGAUUCCACUAAUGAUGAUAAUGAUGAAAGUACUAGUGAAGAUGAUACUAUAAAUUCUAGUAAUGAGAAAUUUCUUCAUUUAAAGAAUGUCGAUGGUCCUCUACAAUCUUAGAAGGUUAUUAUUGUUUUAAUAUGUUUGUGUAUAUUCAGUUCGCUAUCGUAGGCAUUGUAUUAAAGA